GUGGCGUGUUAAACCUGGUUCCGGAUACUACUACCACAACAAUUGGUGCUGUUUGUGCAACUCUCCGCAGCCGUGAAGCCGCUGCAACCACGGACCGCACAAUAUGUUGCGGUUCUUUGAUGAGUUCUAGACGGGGCGCUUUGAUUAAACGCCUGUCUAAAUUAGGACCUGAUGGGACAACGGCGCGUAGAAAAGAGACAUUAUUGAAGCGGCUGGACUUGAACCAACUACAAGCCCUGGCGGUAUCCAUUGACAGUUACGGUGCGGAGGAUACCCCCUGUGUCCUCCUGGCCGCGGGAGACCCGCAGCGGCUGGGCCGCUCACCACCUCUCUCGCCCCAUCUUUUCUGUCAAAUGUUUAGGUGGGCAGAUGCUUCUUCCUAUGAACUACACCAACUACCCAUGUGUAAAACACAAGCAGACCUUACGUACAUUUGUGUCAAUCCUUACCAUUGGAGUAGAUUGUAUAAACCAGAUACGCCACCCCCGCCAUAUUGCAGGCGUCCUCAGGAAAUAGCUGAAGACAUCGAUUAUUUUUCUGAGUUUACAGAAAGCGAUGAAAUAUCACAAGAGACUAGGUUUUCUACACAUAUUUCUAGUUGCAGUGAAUCUCGUCCUUGGUGCAAAAUAGCUUACUGGGAACUGUCAAACAGAGUGGGGCGCCUGCUUCCGGUCUGUCAACCUACUAUUAAUGUGUUUGCCAAUCUACCUCAUGGUGAUGGACUGUGCCUUGAAACACUGUCGAGGUCACGCCUCGCAGAUAACUCUUCGGUCUCUCAAACCAGGGCGAAGAUCGGACAUGGAAUUUCCAUCUUCAGAGAAGACGAGGAGGUUUAUGUUUACAAUCGCUCAGAGCACCCAGUCUUUGUGAAUUCUCCUACCCUGGACCCGCCCAAUACAGCAAAAUUAACUGUAUACAAGAUAUUACCUGGUUACUCAGUGAAAAUCUUUGACUACGAAAGGGCCAGGUAUAACCAAAGGUUGUUGGACCCUUCGCUACUAAAAGAUGGGCCUUUCGACCCAAAUGCCGUCCGUAUCAGUUUUGCUAAAGGCUGGGGUGCAGCUAAGUAUUCAAGACGGUUUGUUACCUGCUGUCCUUGCUGGCUGGAAGUGAUAUUCCUUGUCAACAGGUGA